AUGUAUCAUUGUGUGAGGUAUAAAUUAUUUAGUGAAACCAAAGUUGAAAAGUCAGACGGGAAUUUUAGAAACUGGAGUUUAUAUAAUAUCAUCAGCUCAUUAGCUGGGACUUUAUACGAUAGAAAUUCGAUUACAAACGAAGAUGAAGGAAUGUCAGCAGAUGGUUCGUUGUCCUCGGAUACCCUGGGGGUCCGGGACGUGGCAGAUCUCUUGCAUCCCCAGUACGCUAUCAUCACUGGUGGACGAACCAGGGACGGUUGUCCAAUUAUCACCUUUCCUGAUAAAUGCAACUUCUGCUCACUUAUUGACUCAGAAUACCAGAAGCUUAUGAUGUACUUGACGAGCGUGCCAUCAUUACAAGAAGCGGAUAUGGGAUUUCACCUGAUUAUAGAUCGAAGAGAGGACAAAUGGAGUUCCGUUAAGGCAGUGCUAAUGAAGAUUUCGAUAUUCUUUCCGGGUGUGAUAAAUGUGGCAUAUGUUUUGCGACCGGCCGGAUUUUUCCAGAAGGCGAUAUCUGAAGUCAGUAAUAAAUUAUUCAAGGAAGAGUUUCGGUUUCGAGUUGAAGUUUGUUCCUGUUUAGAAGAACUUCACGAAUUCAUUGAUAAGUCACAGCUGACAAGCGAUUUGGGGGGUGAUUUGAAAUAUUCACACAUCGAGUGGAUACAACAAAGAAUU